UCUCGUCUUGUGCAUUUUUCUCCCACCCCGAGUCUUAUAAAAGAGUUAGAAUAUUAUCUGAAGAAGGAAGGGAGAGAGAGAAAAAACAUCGCCAGUGGGAGGCAGCAAUACGCCAAACAUGCGUCGAGUAUGUUGGAAAUGCAGAGAAGAAGAAGAACAGCCCCCCCCCCACCUCCCCUUUCCACGUUCCUCUCUGCAAUCAAGUCAAGGCUGCAUUACAGCACUUGCUAAAGUCACGCCUGUCCACAAGCCACAUCACGCAACGCAGAGAUGUUCGCCUGCAGAUCGGUCUGGCAAAAGUGCGGAACUCUAGCGAGGAGAACAGCGUUCAAGUUGCCCCGAGAUGGUUUGCAAAAGAGGCCUAUGUCAUCGAUGCCUGGUGGGUCAGGGGAAAACAUAGUCUAUGCUUUGCUGUGUGGUGGAGCUUUCGUUGGUGCUAUCUCAUAUGCUGUCAGUACUGUGUCUUCUGACAAUGCUCGGUACAAUGAUCGACUUAAUGAACUGAAAGCCAGGCCCAAGGCAGAAUGGAAACCUAAACCCUGGCCCCCUAAGAGCGAGGACGGGGAAGAUGGGGAUGAAGAGGGAUCAGCGGAAGAAGCCAGUGAGGAAGUUGCUGCUGAAGUAGCGGCUGACAGUAUCUCAGAGACCGUAUUGGAAGCAGUUGUCGAGGGUGCUGAGGUUGUUGCAGAGAUAGCAGAGGAGGUUGCAGCAGCUGCAGAGGAAGUAGAAGUCAUUGCAGGUGAAGUGGUCCAAGUUGCCGAAGUUGUUGAGGAGAGUGCCCAAGCCAUCGCAGAACAAGUUGCUCCUGAGAACGCUGAAAGUAAUGUGGUGCUGACAGCUUCCCCUGUGCUGGAGAUAUCUGAAGUACAGGAAGAAGCCGUACAUGCCGAAGUUGCUGAUGAAGCAGCACUCAAAGAUGUACCUCUGCCCCAAGAAGUAAUGGAGUCUGUUCAGACUGCACAGACAAUAGUGGAUGAAGAGGCAGCCCAAUCAACACUAAUAGAAAGUUUACCAGUAGUAGAGGAGGCCCAUUCCGCAGUAGAGCCUGAACCACUGGUUGAGAAAUUGCUCCCCCAUUCAGAGACAGCACCACUGGUUGAGGAUGCGGCAACACCAUUGCAGGUUCUACCACCAGUUGAAGAGGCCCCAGCAGUUGAGUCUAUAAAACAAGAGGAUUUUACAGUGGAGGUUGAAGAGGUCCCAAGACCAGUAGAGGAUUUACCAGCAGUAGAGGAGUCACCAGUAGUUGAGCAAGUGCUCACACCUGUAGCGGUUGAAGAGGGUGUGGUAUUUGCAGAGGCAGCACCAGUGGUUGAGGAGGCCUCAGCAUCUUUGGAGACAGCACCAACUGUUGAGGAGGUUCCUAUACAAUUAGAACUCGCACCGAUAACAAGGGAUUUUACACUGCAAGUAGAAGAGGCCACAACACCAGUAGAAGUGGUACCAUCAGUAGAGGAGCCAGUAGAGCUUGUACCAGUGGCUGAGGAGGCCUCUGCGUUUGUAGAGGCUAUACCAGUGGUUGAAGCGACCUCUGUGGAGGAGACUCCAAAACUAAUGAAGGGGGUACCAGAGGUUGAAGAGUCCUUGGCACAUGAAGAGUGCUUGUCAGCAAUUGAAGAUCCUGUGCCAUCAACUGUUCCUACACUAGCGGUUGAGGAGGCCUCAGGAUUUGUAGAGGCUAUACCAGUGGUUGAGGCGACCCCUGUAGAGGAGGCUCCAACACAGAUGAAGGGGUUACCAGUUGUUGAAGAGGCCAUGGCACAUGACGAGUGUUUGACAGCAAUUGAAGAUCCUGUUCCCUUAGUUGUUCCUAUAGUAGCGGUUGAAGAGGUCCCAGACACUGUAGAGAUUGCUCCCGUGGUUGAGGAGUCUAUUUCACCUGAAGAUUCAACUGAAGCAGUUGAAGAGACUACAGCAGUUAUUCAGCCAUCCUCAACACUAGUACAGGCUUUACCAGUGGUUGAGGAGACAUCGUCACUUAAAGCUGAAACAGUAGUUCUUCUAACAGAAGAACCAAAUCUUGACAUUGCGCCCCCACUUGUGGAAGUAGAACCCCUACCUCUAGAGGAAAGUAUACAAAAAAAUCCCAAGCAAGAGUACAUAGUUGUGGUUUUGGAAGGAGCACCUAAGGCAGAUAAAUCUCCCAAAGUGCUAGGAGUGGCACCAAUGAGUGGAAGAAUCAUCCCAGCACCAGAAGAUGAGGGCAAUCGACAUAUUCUUAGGAUCCAAAUGCAGUAAAUUCAACUAAGUUAACGUUUCCGGAAUGAUGGCUCCAGUGUCGCAGAAGAGGAGGAAUGUGCCUUUUUCCUUUAAAGAAAAUGCCGAAAUGUGAUAAAAGGGUGUACAACAUCACUAUUUUGAAGAAUGAAGUACCCCUUACGCGAUUGGGAUUAGUUGCAUACUGUAUAUAUUUUAAAUACAGUGGUACCUCAAGCUACAAAAGGAAUUUGUUCUAGAGUGGCUUUCAUAUCAUGAAUUUUUUUGUAUAAUGAAUCGCGUUUCACAAGUAAAUUGCCUAAUUUGUUCCAAACCAGAUUGAAAUAAGAGCCAAAUACAUUUGAAUCAUUCAAUAUACCUAACCGCUAAUACCUGUAAUAGACCAUGUGUGAGUGUAAAAACAUUCCUCUUGAAACAAAAAUGAGAGGAGACCUGUGCUCUUUUGGCGAAGACGUCAGCACUCUUUAUUUUGCGUUGCCAAAACAACGUUUAACACUUCCUUCUGUUACAUUUCCCCAUGACGCCUCCACACGUUAUCGUACUUCGACACCCAAAUUGAAACGUAACAUCAACAAUAGGCCAAUUGGAAAGCAGGAAAAUGGUGCUGAGCAUGAUGGGGAAAAUUCUGAACAAUAGGACCGCAGGAUAUUAUGGCGCGAGUUUUAAACUUGAGCAGGAAUGAUCUAUUAUAGUAGUAUUAUCUUUUGUAUGCCGAAUGAUUUAUUUUCAUAACAUCAAGCUAAAAAAGCUUUUGAAAAACUUCAUAAAAUGAAUUUUUCGUAUACCGAAGCUUUCGUAUCUCGAGGUACCACUUUACAGCCAAAAUUCCGAUAAAAAUGCCUUAGUAGGCAUUGGAAUAAAUUUGCUGAAAUACCUAGUGGAUAGUCACAAACUGUCUGGGAGAAUAGGAAAACUAAACUGGAGCUUUUUAGCAAGUCGUUGCUGCAGACACAAAAAUGAACCAAGCAAAGAAAAGCACAUACGGGACAUUUAUAGAAUGUUUUGUAUCUGUCAGGUAAAAUGAAACCUCAGGACAGUUGUGACAUUCUGGAGAUCAAUGUGCUGCUGUGUCUGAGUGACUUGAGUGACUUAAGUGCAGUCAUUUAGUCACUGUUUUUAACCUGACCCUCACUUCCAUUCCCACACAUCUACUGUUAGUUGAACGCUCACUCCAAUUAAUUGUACAUAUUUCAUGCUUUGGUCUUCCCAACACUCCUCCUCAGCUACAUGUGAUCUGCAUCUACAGUGUUCUUGACUUCCUGUACCAAACUUUCCGGUCUCUAAAUCUUGCUUUUAACUGUUUUAGACAUAAUGAUGCAUUGUAGCAGAAGGGAAACAAGGUAAGCCCAGUAGUAGACAACUACCUCAAUUGUUCCUCAUGUUUUCAUUCCUGAUAUUAAAUAUACAGUAUUUUCAAUAAGCAAAACAUUAGAACACUAAUGUAAUUUUCAUUGGUUCAUAUAAAAUAAAAUAAAAAAUAGAACAAUUA